GCCCCGGGGCCCGGCGAGGACCUGGAUCCUGCGCCCCGCGGCAGCGAGGAGGCGGACGACGGGGGCAGCUCGCCCGGGGGCAUCACCGCCCCGAGGUCCACCCGCCAGAACCUCCGGGACCUUGUGAUGGGCAGCUCCCCGCAGCUGAAGAGGAGCGUCUGUCUUGGGGGCAGCAGCCCCGGGGGCUCCUCUGCGGGAGGGCGCGGCAAAGGCGGGGGCGACUCGGACAGCGCGUCCGUCGCUUCGUCGUCGGCCGAGGAGGAGAGCAGCGGCGGGGGCUCGGUGACGCUGGACCCUCUGGAGCACGCCUGGAUGCUCUCCGCCUCGGACGGCAAGUGGGACAGCCUGGAAAGCUUGCUCACCUGCGAGCCGGGCCUGCUGGCCAAGCGAGACUUCAUCACAGGCUUCACCUGCCUGCACUGGGCCGCCAAGCACGGCAGGCAGGAGCUCCUGGCCAUGCUGGUCAACUUCGCCAGUAAACACCAGCUGCCAGUGAACAUCAACGCCAGGACGAGCGGAGGCUACACCGCCCUGCACUUGGCAGCCAUGCACGGGCACGUGGAGGUGGUGAAGUUGUUGGUGGGGGCCUACGACGCAGACGUGGACAUCAGAGACUAUAGUGGGAAAAAGGCCUCUCAGUACCUGAGUCCGAGCAUCGCGGAGGAGAUCAAGAACCUGGUGGGAGCCCUGGAUGAGGAGGACGGAGAGAGCGCGGCUGGCAGCGGGGGUGGGCGCUGGAGGCUUUCCAAGGUGCUCCCUUCGCAUCUCAUCACCUACAAACUCUCGCAUGUCCUCGAGGACGGAGGGGAUCAUCACCACCAUCACCACCACCACUUGGCUGAGGGAUGGGCUGGAGGCAAAGCAAAGGAUCCAGGUCGCAAAGUCUUAGGCAGCUCUAGUGGGCGGAUGAAACCCCGACUCAACAAAAUCCGCUUCCGAACCCAGAUCAUCCACACCACACCCUCUUUCAGAGAUCCGGAACAGCCACUGGAGGAGGGGGAGGAGGAGGAGGAGACCCGGUCUCUUAAAGGCCACUCAUCCUCAUUCAAAUUGAGACCGAAGUCCAAUGUAUUUGGGUAAAAAUAAUUUCUUAGGAAAUUCUAAGGUUUGUUUGGCUUUAGGAAUACAAUACUAGAUGUAGGCAAGGAAGGUGAGACAGAAGAGAUUUAGGGUAAAUUCUGCAUUCUUACUUGGGGGCUGGAAUAGGUGGGAGGAAUUCCCCCCAGCAUUCUGGGUGAAGUGGAUUUCCAAGUGGUUCAUCAAACCUUGACCUAGGCCUCUUUUCCCUAUGCUCCCACUCUGCCCUGGAGCCCCUCUUUCUAAGGACUAGAUGUGUGUCUGCAUUGGGGGUACAGAAUUGAUGACUGAGGGUUCCUUUGAGUUAAUCAUUACUGGAUGCUGUGAGAAGUAAGGAAUAUUGCACUUUUAUGUAUGUUUUUAAAAGUGGUUACUCUUCCAAGAGCAACAAGAAAUGCAAAUUGUAAUGAAACUGGUAGUUGUAAGUGUGAACAAAACUGCCCUGUUUUUUUACUGCAGUAAUUGCAUUUGCUUUUUAAGAUACUACUGAAGGUCAGGUCAGAGUUGAAAUGCAAACUACUAAUUAGAGAAUAUGAAUAAAAAUGGGAAUCCUGUUGGUAUCCAAUUUGUAUUGUAAGUAGUGUUCAACUAUUUUUUUAAAAUCAAUUUUAGCUUUAAUCUCUGAACUAAAGAAAUAAGCAACAUUCCCUUUUGAGUUAGUCCGGAGUAUGGUUUCCUCUUAACUAUUUCUAAUACCACUGCACUCAGUGUUAAGGUACGUUAUUAACUACACAAUUUUUAUUUAAACAAAAUGCUUUUAACAACCUAGGGUACUGUAAAUAAAAUAUCGCCUCUGGUUCUGAUUCACACUUGUUUUGCUAUUCUAAAAGUUUAAAUUUGCCAGAGUUUUUAUUGUAGGGAUCAUAUAACCAUUGGAAUUAGUUGACGUCACCCUAUUUGAUGGUACUUAACAGUUGAGUUGCCUACAGAAACUGUUUCUGGUUUAGACAAUUAGCAAAAAUUGACAUAAAUGUUAGUGAGCCUAUGCUUCUAUGAAGUAAUUAUUAAAUCAACAAUGAUUUUCAAGUAAGGUGCACUUUUUAUUUUACUAGUAAAAUCCAUUCAUAGUCUCUUAUGCUUUGUAGCAGUGUUUUGCAAAUGUUUAAAAUACUAAAUC